AUGCUGCUAUUUUUAAAACGUCUCGUAAUUGAAUUCCGAUUAUGAAUGAUAGGUUUAAACCUUAUCAGAUGGUUGAUGGCCGUUCGUUUGAUCGGUGUCCGCAUGGAAAUUUUUAUAUGCCCUUCCCCACCAUUUGUUAAGUUUAAACUAUUCCUCCGGUGCAUCAGAACUCCCCCUUUCCCCUUGCGUUUCGCGACAAGAUUAGAAACCUUCUCGAUUCUCGGAUCCAAGCGGAAGCAGAGGGAAAGCCAAGAUUGGUCCGGCUGCGACCGAAUGCCCCAAAGCCAAUAUCAUAGCCUUUGCCAUAUCUCGAUCGCAGAAAACAUUACAGGGAAGACAGCGGAAAAUUCGCUCUUAGAUCUUGGUCUUGAUAUCCGAGUUCCAAAUAUUAGUAGCAUCGGCGAUGUCGUGCCUCGCCCUCUCCCUCCAGCCCGCCAACGGCGCCGACAUCCUCCUCCAGACGCGCGAGUGGUUCCCCCCGGCUCGCGCCCUCGCCGCCCUCGCUGCCUUCCGGCAGACACGCCUCGCUUUCGCGGCCGUCGCCGGCCCCCACAAGCAGCAGCCAGCCGCGGCGGCGGCCGCGUCCCACACCGCUCCCGACGACCUCGACUCUGCCCUCGGUGACGACCCCCUUGCCGCCUCCAGCGGCCAGGUCGUGGUUGGCGUCGAGAGCAAGUACCGCGUCGUCUACCGCCUCGUCAACACCAUCUACAUCCUUGGCAUCACCACCAUCGACCGCGACUCCGACCGCGGCCGCACCAACAACAUCUUCGAGUGCAUCAAUACCGUCAACCAGGCCGUCAGCGUUGUCGUCGCCGCCUGCCGCGGCGUCGAUGUCACCCCCGAGAAGCUCCAUCGUAAGUACCCCGAGAUCUACAUGGCCCUUGACAUCGUCCUUCGUGGCGUCGGAAGCGUCCGCCUCGCCACCAUCCUCUCCUCCAUCCACGGUGACAGCAUCGCCAAGAUGGUCCACACCGCCAUCGACGCCGAGAACCGCGUCCGCGGCGCCGAUAGCUGGUCCGGCGGCGCCGAGGCCCUCUCCCUCGAGCGCCGUGCCAACCUCGACUCCUUCUCCGAGGCUUUAUUCGAGCUCCCGCCGGAGACCCUCGCCGCCGGGGACGAGGUCGCCGCGACCAUCGCCCCUGUCGCCGCCUCCCUCCCUGCCGACGAGCCGCAGAAGGACCAGGCCGAGGAGGUCCCAGAGGAGAAGGAUCCGUUCGCCGCCAGCGAGAAGAUCAACAAGCCGGAGGAGGCCCUGGUAGGAGAGUUCAAAAAGAGCAAGGAUACGGCUUCCGCUGCGGCGGAUCCCACGGCGGCCCUCGCCGGGCUCGAGGUUACGACGCUCCCUCCGGCCGAAGCCACGAAACCCACCUUCAUCGGAGUUGAAGGGUUCGAAGGGGAAUAUGGUGGGAUAGAGUUCGGCAAUGAGGAAGCCUCCCUCUCGGAGGCAUUCGAAGGUAUCGGUGGCGAUGCGCCAUUUGGAGGUGGUCUUGAUGCCUCUGAGUUCGUAACGACCACCAAGAAAGCUCCCAAGCCCCAGGGAUUGAGUGGUCUUGAGUUGCUCGCUACCAGCCAGAGCACCACAGCAGAGCCUACCGCUGCAGCUGGAGCGGGCACCCCUCUGGAGAAUCUCUUGGUAACAAAGACUCAGGAGAUGACAGAUCCAGAGAUGUACAUCCAUGAAGAGAUCAAUGGCGAACUUAGGGAGUCUUUGCUUGCCCGUGUAGGCUUGAAAGGCACCGUCUUUUUGCGAACAUUGCCUCCGAAGAAGGCUGCCGGAAAGGAAACGGAGUUUUCUUUCCGUCUCGAGGGCACGUCCGGAAUCAAGAGGGCUGUGCUGCAGAGUUCUCGUGUCGGUAGCCUAGAGAAUGGAACGUUCCACGUUAGGACUCCUCCAAUGGAAGAGCCCAUUCCAAUACUCAAAUAUAGUUUACAACCCCGGUUCACUCCUCUGCCCCUGAGGGUACGUCUAGUGAAGCGGCACAGUGGCACCCUGCUUUCGGUGAUGAUACAGUAUGCCUCCAACCCAGCAUUGCCGGCACCAUUGAGCAACGUGACAUUCAUUGUAAAGCUACCUGUCGAUCCGACACUGCUUAAUGUUUCACCAAAGGCAGUUUUAGAUCGAGGGGAAAGAGUGCUGAGGUGGCACGUUCCUGAUGUUCCUCUGAAUGGUCCACCAGGCAAGCUGAGGGCACGAAUGCCUGUCGAUCAAGACUCAGCAGAUGGCGAGCUUGAAGUUGUAGGUAUGGUGAAAUUUUCUGCUCAAGGGCCUACCACAUUGUCCGGUGUAUCUCUUCAGCCAGUAUCUGACGGCAUUGCACACUUCAAUGUGGUUAGCCAUAGGUUUGAGAGUGGGAGUUAUUUGUAUACUUGAAUGACCUGGGUGGGAAAUGAAAGGUUGCUAUUUGUCAUUCUAUGAGCAAAUAGAGCAUUCACAGUGGUUGAUAUUGGGAGGACCAUCGAUUCAAUUCUUUCAGCCAAGAUUUUUUGAAGCUUUUAGAGAAUUUGUGGUAGCGAAUGUGAUAAUCUUGGAACUAGUGCAGAUGAUAUGAAUCAUUUUGUUUUCUGGGAGAUGUGUGGAGUUUUUGAUGUUAAUCCAACAUUAUCUGCUUUCUGGAAGCCUCCUUUACGGUCUUUUUACAGAACCAGGCAGUGCUUCAGGAAGUUGUAGCUACAAUAUUUCAACAUCAGGAAUUGUCAAAAGGUGAUUGAAUAAUCAUCUCCUCCCUGAUGGGACCUCCAUCUUAAGAUAAAAAUGAUUCUCUUUUAUGGAUGACAUUGAUUUGAUGGAAGGCCAGCCACCUCUUCCAGAGCCUUUGAGGCUAGGAAACGAUUCUGAUUUUGGCCAGCCAGCGGGAACACGAGCAAAGGCAACUUCCAAGUCAGCAGGUAUGAGCACGAAUGGAGAAUAAACUGAAGACUCUGUUGAUUUCAUGUGAAAAAUGACUUGUUAACAAUAGAUAACCUUGGUCCGGAACAAAUGAAUGCUUGUGCUGAUGACGAGUGUGGACCUACUGGACUGUCAAAUAUUGGUAGAUAGAAUUCCAACAUCAUUUGUUUUUCAUGAGAUUCUCUUAAAGCAGCAACUUUAAUACGACCCUUUGUUGGUAAGCCGACUGUGAACCCUUAAGCGAACUACUUGAUGGGAGCUUUUUUGCCCACUCUCACAGGCUGAAGGUAAGUAUGGUGUUCUUUAUAGGGUUUGGCUUGGUGAUACAUUUUCCUAACAGAGUUGAAUGCAACAUUUUCCAUCUGCUUUCCAGAUUAACAUGGUGUUCUGUGAUAUUGUAAGACAUUCUAUAAUUGAAUUUUCAGUUCCACCUCCA